AUGUUUCAGUUGGGGGGACCGAGUGGUAGCCUCCGAUCAAUCGAAGGACAGGGAGAACUUGCACCGAAGUGCUAUUACGUCCCAGGCGCUCGCAUCCAUGCCAAGAACCAGGCUUCAAUUGUCUGUGACACCCACGUCCACAUUCCCAAACAUGGCCCGCGGCGAGCCGACCACACCUGUAGUAGUUACAGUCCUCGACAUGCAAGCGCCUUGAUAUCUGGAGACUUGGUGACCGAAAUCAAACAACUGGCCGAAUCCGAAGGAAAGCAAUUUGCGAAUGACCAUGGCGGAUCCAGUCAAUCGGCUCGAAGCAAGGCAGCCGUUCAAGCUUCCGAAUGGAAUAGCCUCCUGAUCUCUGCAAGGGCUUCGCGAGGACCACAGUGGGAUGUUGGAUUGCAACAAUACCUCGUAGAUAAGGACUCUAGCCUGUACUUUGAUCCUACUCCUCUUGCCGCUGCGAAUGACUCUGGUUCACCGACUGGAGAAGGUCCGGACGGCAUGGACUUGACUUCCGGUGGGCCAAACAUGGGCAAUAGCGAGACUGGAACGCCGAUAACGCCCAAAACAGGCGAAGACGGUUCUGCACCGCCCUUGAGAGAAGAAGAACACGGGGAGGAGGCGGGGGAUACUGACUGA